AUGGCUUCAGCUUCAAGUCAUGCGGCAAUACCGGCGGUUUUUCAAGAGCUGCCUGUGAUCCGCGAUACGCUCAUCACGGAAACAACCGAGCUCCAAACCGAGACUGUCAGCAAGUGUCUAAUCUUUCUCGCGGGCUCUCACAGCAGUCAAAAGGGCCCUCUGAAUCGCCAUGGUGUGCCUGCCCUCAUGCGAGAUGAGCACAUCGGCUAUUUGUACGAUUCUUUAGAGGACUACCCUCCAGGGUUUGUUGCAAUGGAUGCUAGCCGGCCCUGGAUGAUAUACUGGGCGCUGGCUGCCUUGAGCCUUCUCGGAGAAGAUUUGAGUAGACACCGUGAUCGUGCAAUCUCUACAAUUAUACCCAUGCAAAAUCCCACAGGUGGGUUUGGAGGAGGUCAUGGCCAAAUAUCGCAUUGUGCAUCAAGUUAUGCCGCAGUGCUUUCUCUAGCCAUGGUUGGCGGCGAAGAGGCGUUGAACCUUAUUGAUCGCCAAGCGAUGUGGAAAUGGCUUGGAACGCUCAAGCAGCCAGAUGGCGGCAUUACGGUCUUCGAGGGUGGGGAAGAAGACGUGCGAGGCGCAUACUGCGCAAUGGUGAUCAUCUCGCUUCUAAACUUGCCACUUACUUUGCCCCCUGAGGCCAAAGCACGAGAGUAUGGUUUAGAAACAUUUACCGACGGACUCUUGGAAUACCUAUCGCGAUGUCAAACAUUCGAAGGUGGGAUUUCUGGGAGUCCAGGCUCAGAGGCGCAUGGCGCAUACGCAUUCUGUGCAUUGGCAUGUCUAUGCAUCCUUGGCGAACCUGAAGUGACCAUCCCAAAGUGCAUGGACGUCCAGUUGCUUCUAUCUUGGCUCUCAGCUCGACAAUACGCACCGGAAGGCGGAUUCGCAGGAAGAACCAAUAAGCUGGUUGAUGGAUGCUAUAGUCACUGGGUUGGGAGCUGUUGGCCUUUAAUCCAAUCUGCGCUGGAUGGAACUCAGGAUGCUGCAAGCCCUCAGUCUGCUGUUCGCAAUCUCUACAGCCGCGAGGGACUGACAAGGUAUAUCCUUGGAUGCUGUCAGUCGAAGAAUGGAGGACUUCGCGAUAAGCCCGGAAAGCACCCUGAUUCAUAUCAUACCUGCUACACUCUCACGGGUCUAAGCUCCGUUCAGCAUUACCAUUACCACACCAACUCAAGCGCUGUUCUCGACGGACAGUUUUCGUCGGCAUUCUCAUGGAAAUACAGGCCUGCUCGAGACUCGGAUGACAAGAUAUCCGACAUCAAUGUCUUCGACGAAAAAGACCGCUUGAAGGCGUUUCAUCCUUUAUAUGUUAUUCCUCAUGAAGCCGCAGAAAGCAUGCGUAUUUGGUGUGCACAGAAGCCUUUGGGGAACGCCAGAGAAUAG